AUGUCCGCACCUUCCGCUAGUGAUUCCAAGAAUGUGCAAAUGAAUUUGCAAGCGGAAAAAGUGCCCACGCAACGUUCUUUGUUUGCCGGAGAAGAGGAGGAGUUUGGCGACGAAGAACUUGGCGACGACGUUGACCUUGGCAUGGGCCAAUAUGACCGCGAUCUUGGCGUAUCCGCAGCGGAUGAUUACAAUAUGUCUGCGUCUAAUUCUCACGAUGGUACAGCGACAGACUCUCAGCAAGUUGCCGCUGCCCAAACCGCGAUUCCGGAGCCUGUGCGCAAGUAUCUGACCCUGUUUCACCAAGCCGUUGUACAAAACAAUGUGAUAGGCAUCAGUAACGCAUACGAGUCUCACUGGAACCGUUUGAAGGAGAAGUACUAUCAGCGCACAGAAUGGCCCGAUGCAGAAGUCAUUGCACCUCUCGUGGGAAACGACCAUAAGUUUCUGCUGCUCUACCGCGAGUUGUGGUACAGGCACAUUUAUUCACGACUUUCUCCCGACGGAGAAGAUCGUACGCAGUCGUACGAUAAUUACUGCGAUUUCUUUAACUAUGUCCUCAAUUCGGACGGUCCUGUGCCACUGGAGCUUCCUGUGCAAUGGCUCUGGGACAUUAUUGACGAGUUUAUCUACCAAUACCAGUCGUACUCGCAGUGGCGCAGUAAAGCGACUGCGAAGAACGAGUCCGAAAUUCAGCUCCUUCAGGACACGGGCGUGUGGAGCAGCUACAGUGUUUUGAAUGUGCUCUACUCUCUCAUCCAAAAGUCUAACAUCACGGAACAGCUCAUUGCGAGUAACGAAGGGAAAGACCCCGACGAGGUCGCUGGCGAAUUUGGCUCGCGCCCUUUGUACAAGAUGCUCGGCUACUUCAGCAUUAUCGGCCUGCUCCGUGUGCAUGUCCUGCUGGGAGACUACUCACUUGCACUCAAGAUGAUGGAUCAUGUGAACCUGAACAAGAAGAACGGGUUUUUGAACCGGGUGACUGCGUGCCAUGUAACUGCAUACUACUACGUUGGGUUUGCUUACAUGAUGCUUAGGCGUUACCCUGACGCUAUACGUGCCUAUACGCACAUCUUAGUUUUUGUCAUGCGUCUCCGCCAAUAUCACACACGGAGUUACCAGUACGAUUUGAUCAACAAGAUGGCCGACCGCAUGUAUGCUUUGCUUGCUAUUUGUUGUGCACUGUGCCCUACGCGUUUGGACGACAAUGUGCAAACGGCCAUGCGCGAAAAAUACGGCGAGCAAUUUUCUAAGAUGACCAAGGGUGACAGCGACGCACUCACCGCAUACCAAGAGCUCUUUUUGUAUGCUUGUCCGAAAUUUAUUACUUGCAAUCCUCCCCCUUAUGAUAAUGCGGAGGCCCUUAAGACAUACACUCAAUCACCACCAUUGGAUGCCGUGCAACAUCAGCUUCGAGUUUUCCUCGCAACGGUGAAGACGCAGUUGUCCAACGUGCAUGUGCGCUCCUUCCUUCGUCUCUACACUUCACUUGGCACUGACAAGCUUGCCGGAUUUUUGGACGCGGACGAGGAAGAAGUGGUUGAAAUGAUGAUGGUGUUAAAGAACAGUACUCAGAGUCUAAAGUGGACUGGCGGUGGAUUGCUCGAGGGCGAGGUUAUUAAUACAAGCGAUCUUCAAUUCGCUGUUGAUACUGACAUGGUGCACAUUGCGGAAUCUCGCAUUGGGCGCCGCUAUGGUGAUUGGUUUGUACGGAACGCUAAUCGGAUGAACAAUGUUUUGGCAAGUAUGUUGCGGAAGCCGCUUCCCAUUGCCAACCGUCCCCAAAAGGGCACCAGCGCUGUGACCAAAUCCAAGGGCUCGUAG